CCGGCUGCAUGAUUGACAUCUAUUGUUGAUCUCCAACUCUCAAUGUGUCAACGUCUGCAACGGGGCUGAGAAUGCUGCAGAAGAGGCUCCCGCGUCCUUUUGCCAUUUGCCAGCCGGGAUGGAUGGUCCGAAGUGCAGCGAGCGGUCGGGGAUGAGAUCCCGCCCCAAGUGGAGGAGUGCAAGUAUCUCGGGGUCUUGUUCGCGAGCCAGGGAAGAACGCAACGCGAGAUCGACGGGCGGAUCGGUGCGGCGUCCGCAGCGAUGCGGACUUUGUAUCGGUCCGUUGCGGCGAAGAAGGAGCUGAGCUCUCGAUUUACCUCUCGAUCUACGUUCCUUCCCGAACUGCGGGUCGUGACCCAAAGAACGAGAUCCCGGAUAGAGUCGAGCCGCUGCUCCUCCGCAUCGAGAGGAGCCAAAGGAGGUGGCCGGGACAUCAGAAUCAGAAUCAGAAUCAGAAUCAUCUUUAUUUGCCAAGUAUGUCCAAAACACACAAGGAAUUUGUCUCCGGUAGUUGGAGCCGCUCUAGUACAACAGACAGUCAAUUUACAGAACACUUUGGAGACAUAAAGACAUUAACAACAAACAACAAUUGUGCAAAAAGAUGCAGAGUCCUCAGUUCGAAUGGCUAAUAUCGCAAUAGUCCGGUGCAAUGACCAUUGUGCAAAGGGCACUGAGACUUCAAAGGACAUCUGACCGGACGCCUCCCCGCUGAGGUGUCCCCGGGGACGACCCACCGGGAGGAGACCCCGGGGACGACCCCCGGAAGAGCUGGACGAAGUGGCUGGGGAGAGGGAAGUCUGGGCGUCCCUGCUAAAGCCGCUGCCCCCGCGACCCGACCUCGGAUAAGCGCUAGAAAAUGGAUGGAUGGAUGGAUGGAAGGAUGAUUUUUUUAAAAAGUAUAAUUGACAUAUAACAAUAACAAUCCGGAUUUUAUUCAACUGUUGUGUAUUUAAAGCCACAAAUAUUGAUAUCAUUUUUUUCUAAUGCAGUUUGAGUGACAUUGCCUAAAAGUAGGUCACAGCUCCAUAUUUGACAACAAGCGGUUGCAAAGCCAAACAGGCGAGUAAACGCACAAAGUUGCGUUUAAUGUCCGCCGCCGCUGCUUCUUCUUCUUCUUUUUGUGCUCAGAAUCAUCUUCGGUAGUUGUGAAGUUUGGAGUGUUUGUUGUUUUACGUAACGUGACGCCGACCGGCACUCGGAUUUACCAGAAGGCCCCGCCCCCUCUUACAGGAUGCGCCAUAUAUGGGAAAUGACGUAUGGGGAUCCCGGAGCGGAAUCUUCCAUUCGUCCAAAGCGGGGGGGACGCGAAUGCUCAAACGUGGACUUUGUGCCGCGACUCCGCGUGCGUUCGCGUAGACUCUGGACUGUCGUGAAUGUUACGACGCGGUGCGGCCCGAUAGCUUGGCGUUUGCUUCCGGGUUUGUUCCCCUUUGCCUCCUCGGCGUCCCCCCGCCCCCGUCGACGUCAUCGGAGCGGCCCGCUCGCAGGCUAUAAAAUGGCCGCCAGCAGACGCAAGACGUCAGUUCACUCUCAGUCGCCUCUCGAGCCAACAAGACGCAGCGGCUUUGGGAACUUUGCUCUUUGGGAUUUUGGGAUUGAUUUUGUGUUGAAAUCCAAACCUCUGCCGGAGGGAUUUCCUCAGGGUUUUUUGUCCUCGUAGAAACUGUGAUCUUCCAUCGGUGCUGCGGCGAUGAUGUUCAACGUGUUCGACCCGGAGUGCGACUCGUCGUCCCGGUGCAGCACGGCGUCCCCGGCCGCGGACUGCGGCAGCAACCCGGGCUACUACCAAGCGUCCCCGGCCGGCUCCUGCUCCAGCGUGGGCUCGCCGCAAUCGCUGGACUUCACCGAGCUGACGGCCUCGAGCGCCGCCUUCGUCCCCACGGUGACGGCCAUCUCGGCCAGCCCCGACCUGCGGUGGAUGGUCCGGCCGCUGGUGCCCUCGGCGCCCCCCUCGCGCCGGGCGCCGUCCCGACCUCACGGCGCCGCCAAGAGAGGCAGGACGGAACAGAUUUCAACUGAGGAGGAAACAAAGAAGAAAAUUCGCAGGGAGAGAAACAAGCAGGCGGCCGCCAAAUGCCGCAACAGGAGGCGAGAGCUGACCGACACGCUCCAAGCUGAAACCGAUCAACUGGAGGACGAGAAGUCCGGCCUUCAGAACGACAUCGCCGACCUCCUGAAGGAGAAGGAACGUCUGGAGUUCAUCCUGGCGGCCCACCGGCCCAUCUGCAAAGUCCCCGCCGAGCUGGACUCGGACCACCCGGCGCCUUCCGUCGCCCCGGCCCGCUCCCGCCUCUCCGCCGCCGACUCGCUCUUUUCUGCCGGCGCGGUGAAACUGAGCGACCUGGACACCUCCGUGCUGGAGGAGUCCCUGGACCUGCUGACUGAGACGGAGAUGACGGACAUGACGGAGAUGGAGCGCUCGGUCCCCGAGGUGGACCUGUCCGCCUCGCUGUGCGGCGCUCAGGACUGGGAGCAGCUGUGCCCGUCGGUGACCAGCGGCGACUUCGAGCCGCCGCUGUGCACGCCCGUGGUGGCGUGCACGCCCGCGGGCGCCUCCUUCGCGUCCUCGUUCGUGUUCACCUUCCCGGAGGCCGACUCCUUCCCCGGCGGAGGCGCGGCGCGGAGGCGAGGGAUCGGCGGCGACGAGCGGCCGUCCGACUCGCUCGACUCGCCCACGCUGCUGGCCCUUUAAGACGCAUUCAAAGACCCGACUUGGCGUGGGAGAGGCGCAGAUCACAGGGCUAUGGAUGGCCAUUGAUGAAUUGAGCUGCCUUUUACAUUGUAGCAUGUUUCAACCAAUACCACCGAGUAAUCUGACUUUUAUUUUUUUUUAAAGGUGCUACAUGAUAUCGAGUCAACGUAGACUUUCUGUACAUUUUUAGGAGCGAUAGUUUUCCGGUUGUGUGAAUGUGGAAAAACAAAACAAAAAAAAACUGACAUUGGUCCGUGUGGUCUGUCCUUAACUUUAUAAUAUGUAUGAAAGUUUUCUGUGAAAACAACACGUCUUUUUUUUAUUCUUAUUAAUUUAUGAGAUUUGACUUUUUUUUUUUUAACGACAGAAGCAAACAAAACAAGUGAAUGUGAAAUAUAUGUAUUGAUGGAAAUAAAAUGUUAGCGAUAUUUAAAUUGA